UACUUCCUGGUACCACACACAAGUGGCCAGAGUGGCUGCGUGAGAGCAAAAGGAACUCUUGCCCACCUCGGAUUUCACACUUUUAUUUUUGCCCAACUCAACCACUUCUUCAUCAUGCUGCUGCUGAUCUUCUUUACUGCGUCUUUGACUUCGUGCGCUGCACAAAUCUCAGUGGCCUCUCUGACUGCCAGUGUACAGAAAAACAGCCCGUCGACAACUACAACGUAUCCUACAACGACAGUGGUCUCUUUGACUGAGAGUACACACAAAACCAGCCCGACGACAACCACGACGUAUUCUACAACGACAGAAGCCUCUCUGACUGCCAGUACACACGAAACCAGCUCCACGACAACCACGAUAUAUCCUACAAAGACAGUGGCCUCUCCGAUGACCAGUACACACGAAACCAGCCCGGCGACAACUGUGACGCAUUCUACAACGACAGUGGCCUCUUUGACUGAGAGUACACACAAAACCAGCCCGACGACAACCACGAUGUAUUCUACAACGACAGUGGCCUCUCCAACUACCAGUACACAUGAAACCAGCGCAACGACAACCAUGACAUAUUCUACAAUGACAGUUGCCUCUCCGACUACAAGUGCACAUGAAACCAGCGCGACGACAACCAUGACGUAUUCUACAAAGACAGUGGCCUCUCCGUCUGCCAGUACACACGAAACUACCAUGACGUAUCCUACAAAGACAGUGGCCUCUCCGUCUGCCAGUACACACGAAACUACCACGACGUAUCCUACAAAGACAGUGGCCUCUCCGACUACCAGUACAAACAAAACCAUCCCGACGACAACCACGACGCAUUCUACAAAGACAGUGGCCUCUCCGUCUGCCAGUACACACGAAACUACCACGACGUAUCCUACAAAGACAGUGGCCUCUCCGACUACCAGUACAAACAAAACCAUCCCGAUGACAACCACGACGCAUUCUACAACGACAGUGGCCUCUCCGUCUGCCAGUACACACGAAACUACCACGACGUAUCCUACAAAGACAGUGGCCUCUCCGACUACCAGUACAAACAAAACCAUCCCGACGACAACCACGACGCAUUCUACAACGACAGUGGCCUCUCCGUCUGCCAGUACACACGAAACUACCACGACGUAUCCUACAAAGACAGUGGCCUCUCCGACUACCAGUACAAAGAAAACCAGCCCGAUGACAACCACGACGCAUUCUCCAACGACAGUGGCCUCUCCGACUACUAGUACACACAAAACCAGCCCAGUGACAACCACGACGCAUUCUACAACGGCAGUGGCCUCUCCGACUACCAGUACAAACAAAACCAUCCCGAUGACAACCACGACGCAUUCUCCAACGGCAGUGGCCUCUCCGACUACUAGUACACACAAAACCAGCCCAGUGACAACCACGACGCAUUCUACAACGGCAGUGGCCUCUCCGACUACCAGUACACACAAAACCAGCCCGACGCAUUCUACAACGACACGGGCCUUCCUCUCUUCUGUGACACCUACAGAGUCUCAGAAACAGCCAGUUGUAGUCUUUAUUGAUGUGAGAGUUCUCUCCCAAAUUGAGUUAAGUUACAAUACAACGCAAACCGUUUUGGACCAGCUCAGCGCACUCAUCAGCCGGGAAUCAAACGAGACGAUCCUUCUAACAAUACGGAAAAUUACCAAAGUUUAAAGUGUGAAGGCAAUUAGAAACUACGUAUAAAUUUCAUUAAAGUAUAUACACACAA